UUGACUUAUGUUUACAUUCGGACAAGUUUGACUUAAUCAACGCCAGGAUUGGAUGGACGUCUGAAACAUACGCGCUUCUUCUUUCUAUUCCUUAACUAACAUUAAUUUACCGUCUCCAAAUUUUACUUCUAUACUCUUUGUAUCAACUGAAUUUCUCUUUUCCAAAACCGCUAUCCAAGAUCAGUAAUAAAAGCAAAGAAAUAAUACAUGGUUAUUUCAAAUUAUAUAGUUAAAAAACGUUGGUGUUUAGAAAUUGUUCAAUAAAAUCUAUCUCUGUGGAUGGAACUCCGAAGCGUUUUGGUGGUCAUAGUUAUUUAACAUUGAGUUGUUGGAGCAGCAUCGGGUCCUGGGCGGUCGUUGCAUCUUCUGAGCCUUCUUUCUUUCUUCCAAUAUCUCUUCUCUCUUUUUAACAACAGCAACAAAGUUGAUUUUUUUUCUUCUUCUAUUUAUCUAGUGUAAUAUUCACUACCACUGCUUUGUAUAAAUUUCAGGAAAGCGAAAUAUUUUUGUCUUCAAUACAAUUCCAAUCUCAAUACCCUCUCUUUCCUUUUGCUUUUUAUCUCUCUCUCUCUCUCUCUCUCUCUCUCUCUGUGACCUGUCUUGGAUUUCCUUUCCUUCCUAUUAAACCCAGAGAAGGAAACAAAAAAAUGGUGCGGUUGUUGCUAUGGUACUGUUUGUGGGUUUGGUUAAUAGUGGGAGAAAGACUAGUAAUGGGGGCAAGCGAGAGUUCAGGGGAGAGAAAGCUUGAUCAGACACCUACAUGGGCGGUGGCUGGGGUUUGUGCUGUUAUCAUCAUCAUUUCUAUUCUCUUGGAAAAGGUUCUUCACAAACUUGGCACGUGGUUCACAGCGAGGCACAAGAGAGCCCUGUACGAAGCCUUGGACAAGGUUAAAGCUGAGCUUAUGGUUCUGGGUUUCAUUUCCCUGCUCCUCACUUUUGGCCAGAGCUUUAUUGCCAGAAUCUGUAUCCCUGAAAAUGUUGCGAAUACUAUGUUGCCUUGCAAAGCUAAGAGUGAGCAGGACAGCGAAGAACACCGUCGAAGACUCUUGUGGUUUGAGCAUAGAAUUUUGGCUUCUGCUGCAACUGCUCCUAAAUGCAAGGAGGGGCAUGAACCGCUUAUAUCCACUGGAGGGUUGCAUGAGUUGCACAUCCUAAUAUUCUUCCUAGCAGUUUUUCAUGUUUUAUAUAGUUUUGUUACUAUGAUGCUUGGGAGACUAAAGAUCCGUGGCUGGAAGGUAUGGGAGCAGGAAACUUUGUCUCAUGACUAUGAGUUUUCAAAUGAUCCUUCCCGAUUCAGGCUUACUCAUGAGACAUCUUUUGUGAAAGCCCACACCAGCUUUUGGACUAGGAUUCCUUUCUUCUUUUACAUUGGAUGCUUCUUUCGACAAUUUUUCAGGUCUGUUGGGAAGGUUGACUACAUGACAUUGCGGAAUGGAUUUAUCACUGUUCAUUUAGCUCCCGGAAGUAAGUUUAACUUCCAAAAAUAUAUCAAAAGAUCAUUAGAGGAUGACUUCAAGAUCGUUGUAGGAGUAAGUCCAGUGCUGUGGGCAUCAUUUGUGGUCUUCUUGCUGCUAAACGUCAGAGGGUGGCAAGCAUUGUUUUGGGCAUCCAUUAUUCCUGUGAUUAUAAUCUUAGCUGUUGGGACAAAGCUUCAAGCCAUUUUGACAAAGAUGGCUCUUGAAAUUACAGAAAGGCAUGCCGUGGUCCAGGGAAUACCUCUUGUACAAGGCUCUGACAAAUAUUUUUGGUUUGGUCGACCCCAAUUAGUUCUUCAUCUAAUUCAUUUUGCAUUGUUUCAGAAUGCAUUCCAGAUAACUUAUUUCUUGUGGAUCUGGUAUUCAUUUGGGCUGAGAUCUUGUUUUCAUUCUAAUUUCAAGCUUGUCAUAAUUAAAGUUUCUUUGGGGGUCGGAGUUCUAUGUUUGUGCAGCUACAUCACCCUUCCGCUGUAUGCCCUAGUAACUCAGGUGCCUUACCUGUUUCCAUAGGGAUAGAAUUAAAAUGAGUGAUGCUUAUAAAUUCCAGAUGGGUUCCAGCAUGAAAAAGUCCAUCUUUGAUGAGCAAACAUCUAAGGCCCUUAAGAAGUGGCAUAUGGCUGCAAAAAAGAAGCAUGGGAAGG